UGGGACGAACUGCCAGGUAGCGGAAGCAGCCAGCCGGCGGCGGAGACACUUCACGCGGCGUGGCAGCCCGGGUCUGUGCCUGAAGCCUCCGGAUCGCAGCCAGAUCGGUCCAACCCUCGCCGGUCGCAAUCCCCUGUGUCCAAGCCACUCUUUGCUCUGAGAGGCAGCAUGCGUGCAGUAUCGCGCCCCAGGCUCUGAGAGCAGCCUGCGGACACGCUUGCCUGCCUGUCUUUUUAGGUUUGGGGGCUUUGGGCUACACGGAUGUGCCCCACUCCCUUGGCAUGAUGGGGAUCUUUUUAGCGUCUGUUGGAUUUAUGUUCUUUUCCGUGUUAUAUGUACAACAAGGGCUUUCUUCUCAAGCAAAAUUUACCGAAUUGCCGCGAAAUGUGACUGCAACCGAAGGGCAAAAUGUGGAGAUGUCCUGCGCUUUCCAAAGUGGCUCUGCUUCAGUGUACCUGGAGAUCCAGUGGUGGUUCCUUCGGGGGCCAGAGGACCUGGAGCAAGGCACCGAGGCUGCAGGCUCGCAGGUGGAGCUCUUACCCGACAGAGACCUGGACAACGAUGGGACCAAGAUUAGUACAGUGAAAGUCCAAGGCAAUGAUAUCUCCCACAAGCUUCAGAUAUCCAAAGUGAGAAAAAAGGAUGAAGGUUUAUACGAGUGCAGGGUGACUGAUGCCAACUACGGGGAGCUUCAGGAACACAAGGCCCAGGCCUACCUGAAAGUCAAUGCCAACAGCCAUGCUCGGAGGAUGCAGGCCUUUGAAGCCUCACCUAUGUGGCUACAAGACACGAAGCCUCGAAAGAACACGUCAUCGGUGGUUCCCAGCAGUGUUCACAGCUCUGCCAACCAACGAAUGCACUCCACCUCCAGCCCUCAAGCGGUAGCCAAAAUCCCCAAGCAAAGUCCACAAUCAGUGCAUGCCAAGACAUUCAUGAGCACCAGAGCCAAGCUGGCGAGCUAAUUAAAUAUAUAUAUGUAUAUGUUUAAAACAGCCUAAUAAGGAGCAUUGGAAAUCUUCAAGAUGAGCGAAUAUCUUAUAACUUCUUCCGCAGGUGCGAGGAUAGCUACAAGCCAUGGACUUUCUGUCCUGCUUCUUGUUUGUGGCUUUGUGAAGGGUGCUUUGCUUUAAUCUAAAGUGCUGACUUUUUUCCAAUAUCACUUUCUCUUCUUAAAGCAAAGAGCAAAUCGCCUGUAAAAUCUACGGAGCGGACAGCAAAGUUGACCCUAUACUCCAAGCACCAUUCUGCACCCCUGUACUCUAGUUAUCUACACAAGGAGCAUCAGCUUCUGGAAGCAUAAGUGAAGACACUGUCACACGCUUUAUUGAUAAUAUUUUCUUUGGGAAGUUGCUGAUCUUUUAUUUCAAGAGAAUUAAUGUGAAGUCAUAGGACAUUUUCUAAUUACAAGACCAAUUUUUUUUUUCCUUUUAUUUCGACAAAGAAAACCUGCAUUUCACUGACUGCUCAGGAGUUGGCCUGAACGACAUCAGUAUACUAAAUAUUACCAUGGAUUCCACCAAUUUCCUACCAAGGGACAUCUAAUCUGCAAGAAGCAAACAAAGAUGGAAAAACCUAAGAAACACAAACUGUCUCAAACAGCACCCCAGCUGAGGAACAAAACAAAAAGCAAAAUGCUGAACAUGGCAAAUCAACACCAGACAACUUUAUUUUACAUACGGAAUAAUCAAAGAAGGUUUUUCUUUUUUUUUCACUUCCUUUUUGCCCCGUGGAAUUUAUCUUGGAGUUUCCCUUUUUUCCUUGAUUGCUGUUUUCUUUCAAUGGUAGCAAGUGCCAAUUAUGGCCCAUCCUUGUCAAUCCUGGGAAGUUUAUAGUCAUACACAUUGAGUGUGGUAUCUAUCAAUGUAUUUUAAUUCAUUUGGCAAUUUCUGUAUAGGCAAACUUGGCAAAUUCUGUAAAUUGCUUAUAGUAUGUGUGAUAUGACUUCAAGGUAGAUAGGCUAUGACGCUCAUGCAAGCUGACUUUCUUCAUUCUAUAUACAAAUAUAUACAUGAGCAUAUAUUAGGCCACCAACUUCUUUUUUUAAAGUGUUGUUUUUCAUUUGUACCUCAUGUAUUGUGUGAAUUUUGUAGCACAUUUCUCUGUUCCACUGGUUUGACCGCUACAGUUUGUCUCUGUUGUUCUCUACUUCCUUCUGGAAAAAUUUAAAAUUGUGUAUGUCUCUGAUAAAUGAAUUAAUUUUGUUGUGUGUAUGCUAUGUUGGAAUUUGCUGUGUUCUUUUAAACAUGUAUUUAUUAAGGUUUAGGGAUCUUGAGUUGGGUCUGAAGAAUACACACCUGGUUUUUGACAGAUUUCCUCAUGUUCCAAAUAUUCUAUCUCGGAGAAAGAAAGACCCCAAGUGGGAAAACUAAGAAGACAUUUUGACUCCCCAAGAUCCUGGAAGAGCACUUCACACUCUGACUAAAUAAUGUUGCUUCUUUUGUUCUUCAAGACUUUUUUUGUAGCUUUGUCUUUCUGUUAUUUGCUGCUAAUUAUAUUUUAAUGUCUCCUAAUUAAAAAUUAAAAUGUGAUUGUUGGCUGAAUACAAUAUGCAAAUGACUGCAAAGCCCAUACUGAAGAAGAUAGGUGUUUAAUCUUCACUCAAUAAUUAUAAUUUUAAAUAGUCCAUUAUUAUUUUUUGACCUUAUGAUAUUUUGUUCAGACCUGUUCUAAUUACAUCUUUCUCUGGCAAAGAAAGAUAGAACAAUCAAUAGAUUCCCUCUUACAGUAUGGAAGGGUUGUGGCUUAAGAAAGAAUACAUCCAGAUGGUCUUCCAGAGAGAUUAUUUUAUUUUUCAUUAUAAAACCAGAAACCAUAUAUGUAGGAAUGGUUCAUUCCUAAUGUAAGGCCCUAAAUUGUAGCUUGAAGGCAAGGAAUGCAUUUGUUUUUUAUGGUAAAGGACUGGCCUCUGGCAUGCACAUAUAAGCAAUGUGAAUAUUUUCAUAACAUGCUUGACAUUCUCCUUUAACAAAUAUUGUUUUAUGGUAAAUCUUUCCUUGCCAUUUUCUUCUUUCAUUUGAUUCAUUAUUUCAUUCUAAUGAAGAAAAUAAAGGUUUAAUUAUGAUACUUUAUUAACAUACAAAUGUAUUUUCUUUCUAAGUUAAAUAUCUGAAAGUUGUAAAAAUGAUGGUAGAGAAAUAUUACUCGUUCGGUAUCUUUAAGCUUUAAGAAUCCCAUACAUUGCAGUAUAUAUUAGAAUACUGAUUUAACAUCAAACUGGGGGGAAAAUCAUGUAUUAUACUUUUACUCAAUGUCUAGGUAAUGGAUUCAGCUAAUUUUACAGCAAGCAAAACAUGUACCCGUAUCAAUAAUGUUCACCAUGCUUGUAAUAAAAGGGCAUAUGCUAGUUUGGGAAGAAUGCUCAUUAGAUUCAUUGUAUCAGUGUCCAAAAUAAUAAAGACCUGUUUAUCACUGUGUGACCAAAGUUCACCCCACCCUCCACUUUGUAAAAAGAAUAUCAAAACCAUCUGUUUGCUCCAAACUCCAAAAGAGUAUGGAACUUUAAAUAUUAGAACAGAAAAUACAGCAGAUCAAUGAGACAUUCUAAAUACUUGUGUACUAUAUUGUAUUCCUUUGGGAAUAUUACUUUCUAUGUAUCCAUGACAAUGGAAGUGGAUAGAAAUGCGAAGGAGAAGUAUCUGGCUUUCUCGACCUUGUUUCCAAGUUUAUACAGUAUUUUUUUAUGAGAGACUUUUAGAAUGCUGAAAUUGCUUACUUUGUUUCUUAAAGAAAUAUAGAUAGUCUAAAAGGCAAAGAAAGCAAAUAAAAAUACUCCUGAACAAAGUAAGACAAUGUAAUUCUUGAAAAUAGGAGCUGUAAUCUGUGUUAGUAGGUAGGCUUCAUGGAGUCUAGAAACUGGUUCUGUUUGUAGUCAGUCCUCCAUGUCCUUAAAAAGCACAUUGUAGCAACUAUCCAUGUGGUAUUUGUGCUAUAUUAAAUCCCUGGAGAUGAUUUAAAGUAUAGGAGGCUGUGUAUGUCAUAAUAUUAUUCCAUUUUAUCUAAGAGACUUGAGUACUCACACAAUUUGAUAGCCAAUGAAUGGUUUAUACAGUCAUCUAUCUACAGAUGCUAGGACAAGAGCUAUCUAUACAUGAAUGUUCCAAUAUUCAUUUUAUAGAGAUGAUCCAGCAUGCAUUAAUUAUGAGAAGUAUUUUAAUCAUGGUGUUCUCCCUGAUAAAGAAAUAUAUACAUGAUUUUGUGAACCUAAGAAGUCCUUAUUACUAUUUGUUUUAAGUUAUUUAACUUAAAAGUUCUCAGAAGCAAGAUAUGUUACACACACCCACACUUGGCAAAUAAAACAUAUUUUUAGGCCUAGAAAAAAUUUUAAAUUUAUUACACAUGGGAUGGAAUAAUAGAUAGAGUAAUAUUUGUUGACUUUUAUAAAAGAUGCUAAUUUUUUUAAAAGGCAGAGUGACACAUCCCUGUAAUCACAGUACUCAGGAGAUUGGAACAGGAAACUAGUUAGUGCACGUUCAACCUGUCUACAUGGUAAAACCCUGAUUCAAUAAAAAUUAAAAGAAAAUAUGCUAGUUUAAUUUUUGCAAAAAGCACACAGAUAUUAUUCCUGUAUUAACCCUAUUUAAAAAGCAAAAUAUAGAAUGUACUGUUAAUUUGUAUAAAGAAUAUUCACAAAAGGUAAAUGCAAUCUUUCUUGGGGUAAUACAUAUACUGAUGAUUGUAUUUUAGAUGUAAGACUAUGAAGCUAAAACAUCUUGAGUGCACUAAGUUUCAAGUAUUGAUACCAAAAAAAAAAUUUAUUUUAGAAUUGUUCAUUAGCAAAGGAAACUCUUUGCCUGCCAUUCAGGAAAUGUAAAAUGUGAAGCACCUCAGUCAUGAAAUAGAUAAGGUUUUUCCCUAUACAAAGUGAGAAACAACGGAAAGUAUUCAAAAGCAAUAAAAUAUUUGAUGUCAAUAAAUUUUAUGAAAACCCAUUAGGAGGCUACAAGGAGAGUGCUUGAGAGGUCAGUGAGGUUGCCCUGGGGAUGCUGGCAUGCCAUUCUAUGUGAUAGGAAACACAGGAUUUCAAAGAGGGAGCAGCAAUGCCAAUCUCCGGAAGCAAAUGUCAGGUAGAUUUGUCCAAGACCUAGGCUAUGAACAAGGGCAUCCAGAAAAAGAGAGAGUGGCAGGGGAGGAACAUGAGAGAGAGUAUGAGGUAGAACUAGUCAAGGGAUCUUCAGAGGGUCCUGAGACCAGACACAAAGCCAAGCUGGAGCUUGCAAAAAGCUGUUAGAAGUUUUAUUCUUUUCCUAGGAGACAGGCCUUUCCUGCCAUCCUGAAGCUUUUCUGAUGUUUACUGUCUUAGCAACUCUUUUUGGUUACAACAUUGAAGUUUCCAAAUUGAUUGUGAUGUGUAUAUGAGAGAGAGAGAGAGAGAGAGAGAGAGAGAGAGAGAGAGAGAGA